AUGGCAGGAGACGAACCGCUUCUCGCGCGUCCCACUUCAGAACACUCCUCUGAGCGCGAGUACGAGGAAGAGGACGCUUUGUUGACUGGCCAGCGCUCCAAUCGAACCUCUACGACACACCAGCGAUGGCGCGAGAUCGGCCUCUUCGUAUGGGCACUCAUCGCUACCGUCGUCAUCAUCGUUCUGGCAACCGUUGUACAACAUGAGCACAGUGUAUCUCACUCGAGAGGAGAAACGUCAGGUGGGUGGGGCAAAGAUGGCAGACCGACGGGGAAGAGGAACAUGAUUUUUAUGGUCUCGGAUGGGAUGGGCCCGACAUCUCUGAGCUUGACAAGAAGCUACAGACAAUUCGAGAGUGGGCUUCCGAUUGGUGACACGCUGGUGCUGGAUAAGCAUUUGAUCGGGAGCUCGAGGACGAGGUCGACCAGUAGUUUGAUCACGGAUUCCGCGGCUGGGGCUACUGCGUUCGGUUGUGGGAAAAAGUCAUAUAAUGGUGCUAUCGCGGUUCUGCCGGAUCACAGUCCUUGCGCUACUGUUCUUGAGGCUGCGAAGAAGGCCGGAUAUAUGACAGGGCUGGUCGUUACGACACGCAUUACAGACGCGACACCGGCUUGUUUCGCAUCGCAUGCAAAUCGCCGAGAAUACGAGGAUCUUAUUGCAGAACAGGAGAUUGGCAAUCACCCCCUAGGCCGCACUGUCGACCUGAUCUUUGGUGGAGGACGGUGUCACUUUCUUCCGAACAGUACGGAGGGAAGCUGCCGUGAUGAUGAUAAGGACGUGGUAGCCAUGGCGAAGGACAAUGGCUUCUCAUACAUUGACAGCCGUAAAGCAUUCGACAAUCUCGAUAUUGGAACCGGUGUCAAGCUACCUCUCCUUGGCCUGUUCGCAUUGCUCGAUAUUCCAUACGAGAUCGACCGCGUACAUGCACCGGAGCUGCACCCUAGCCAAGCCGAGAUGACGAGAGUGGCGCUGAAGGCUCUUUCUGCCGCUACCAAAGACAGCGACAAGGGGUUUUUCGUCAUGAUCGAAGGGAGCAGGAUAGACCAUACCGGGCACGGGAACGAUCCUGCUGCUCAAGUCCAUGAGGUGCUUGCCCACGACGCAGCCUUCGAGGCAGUGCUAGACUUCCUGGAGCACGAUGAAAAUGAGGGUGUCCUCGUCGGAACAUCCGACCAUGAAACAGGUGGACUUGCUGUCGGUGUCCAGCUUACCGACGAAUACCCGCCUUACCAUUGGUUCCCUGAAGUCCUCGCCAAUGCCUCCCACUCGGCGGAAUAUCUACAGCACAAAUGGUUUCAAUGGCUUAGGGAGGAAGGAUCCAACGCUGACCUAUUCACUCAGGCACAAUAUAUUCGCGAGACGCUGAUCGAGGAUGGACUAGGAAUCUCUGAUGUGAGCGACGAGGAGGUUGACGCCAUCAUACAUGCAACGCCCCUCAAACCACCUGCAUAUCUGCUUGCGAACAUGAUCAGCCGAAAGGCGCACGUGGGCUGGACUACUCAUGGUCAUACUGCCGUCGAUGUCAACAUCUACGCCUCGUCACCCCAGCACGCACCACAAUUGGUCGGUAACCACGAGAACACCGAGAUCGGCAACUUCAUCGCCAAAUAUCUCGACCUGGAUCUCGAGCCCCUAACCGAGGAACUGAAGCGCAAGAACAUCGAGAUGGGUCAACCGCAUGCCAGUGCAGCCGUCGAUGAAGUCGCCGCUUCGGGAAGGAACUUGGACCCCGAUCACGGAGAUCUAAGCACGCACGGAGGAGUUGAACAUGUGGCGGGAUAG